CCAAGACGCCCUCGGCCUCUCCGUCGCUAACUCCAUCUCCCCUCCCGGCCGCUGCACCUACGUCCACUGCGACGUCCGCGAAGAGCACCAACUCGCCGCCGCCGUCCGCCACACCAUCCAACACCACAAACACCUCGACAUCAUGUUCAGCAACGCGGGCACUCUCGGCCCUUUCACCGGCAUCCUCGACGUCGAUAUGUCGGACUUGGAUAACCUGCUCGCGGUUCACCUUCGCGGCAUGGCGGCGGCGAUCAAGCACGCGGGGAGGGCGAUGGUGGACGGAGGAGUUAAGGGGUCGAUUAUUUGUACGGGGAGCGUGGCGGCGGAGAAAGGGGGGUUUGCUCCGGUGGCGUAUACAGCGGCGAAGCACGGGGUGUUGGGGCUGGUGAGGGCGGCGGCGGGGGAGCUGGGGGGAAAGGGGGUGAGAGUGAACUGUGUUUCUCCGUUUGGGGUGGCGACCCCGAUGAGCUGUGGACCGCAUGUGAUUAAGGCCGAGGUGUUGGAGAGGCUGGUUUCGGAGGCAGCGGUGCUGAAAGGGGGGGUUUUGAAGGCGGCGGAUAUUGCGGCGGCGGCUCUGUUUUUGGCGUCCGAUGAUUCGGCGUUUGUGAGCGGACAGAAUAUCGCUGUGGACGGCGCGGCCGCCGCCGCAGGCCAUCCUUGAUUCCCUCCUCUGUUUUUUUUUUUUUUCUUUCAAAGUGUUUGUCUUUGAGGAAUUUACAUACAUAACACCAUUUCUAUGCACUUUUAAGUGUCUCGGGCCAAAACUUUCAUUUUUACUACUCUAGCACCUAGUUCAUACUUUCCAGCAGUGGAGAACAGUGAAAUCCACAUUUUCAUAUAGAAGCAAGGUGCUAUUUUUAUAAAAAUGAAAGUUUUGGUGUGAGAUACUGAAAUAGAGAAGAAUUGGAUGCUAGGUGUGUAAAUUUCCGUUUGUUUGAAUCCUAUGUGGUCAAAUCUGAGUGGUUGGAGGAGUUUCUUAAGUGAAAUUUAUAUAGACAGUGUUUGGUAGUAGUGAUGGAUUUAACUUAAAUCUAGCAAAACACUAAAAAAAUUUGGAGCAUAAAUGCAAGAUUCUGUUAACUCGAAAGUUGUUACAUUCUAUUACUUUAC